AUGGCUGAGGGAAGGUUCGCUUCUGUUUACUCAGUUGAAGAAUUCAUUUUAGAACACGAAAACAAAAAUACCGCUCAAAAAACUGAAAGAGAUGUAAGAUUGCUUGAAAGAUUUUUGAAAACGAAGGACGAAGACAGGAAAAUUGAAGAUAUUCCAGAGGCUGAGUUGAAUGAAUUCAUUAGCGAAUUUAUUAUCUCCGUACGCACUAAAGAUGGCAACGAGUACGAGCCGACUUCGCUUCGAAGUUUAAUGGCCAGUUUCGAACGACAUUUGAAGAAAAAGGGCUAUUCUGCCAGCAUAAUCAACGACUUGGUCUUUGAGAAAACCAGAAAAGUUCUUCAAUCCAAGCAAAAGCAGCUAAAGAAGCAAGGAAAAGGGAAUAAACCGAAAGCAUCGGUAGCUUUGACAACCGAAGAGUUAAAGAUAUUGUACGAGAAGGGUUUGCUCGGUAUGUGUAGUCCUGAGGCGCUAUUAAACACGCUCUGGCUAAACAACACUCUUCACUUUGGACUCCGUGGGUGCAAAGAACAUCGUGACAUGAAGAGAAGGGUUUGCUCGGUAUGUGUAGUCCUGAGGCGCUAUUAA